GCAUGCGCUUAGCUAGACAACGUCGCCAUGACAUCGCCUACAAGCGUUAUCGGGGAUUUCUAUUGGAGAAGCAGUUUCUGGUCAUCUGCAUGAUUGUGCUGUCUUUGCCUUUAUCGUUGAUUGACAGAUUUAUUUGCAUUGCACGCCACCCCUGGCACUAUCGUGACUGCUAAGUUGUUUUGUGUGUAGUCCCUCUACCCCGGCGUUGCUGGUUCGCAGACGGAAGAGGACACAUGAGGUUGUUGUAGGAGCGGGAGAAAAUGGCGACGAACAUCGACUACAGAGCUAACACAUUGAGGAAUCGAAAAAUUGUCUGAGUCUCACCGAUUCUCUGUGGAAACGUUAAAGUUCUGGGAUCAAGAAACUCGCAGAGCCAGGGGAGAUGGAGGAAGAUUCCGGGCGUCUCGACAAGUCUGAUCAAAUGACCCACGGUCAACCAGCCUCUCAACAAUCCAUGUCUCCAAGUCAGUCAUUCCAGUGUAACCAUUGUGUCCUCCUAUUCAAGUCAAAAUAUUUCCUCCUUGAACACAUGAAGAAGGUGCAUGGCGUUGAUGUGGAUCCUUCACAAAAUUAUGGGAGUUUUAAUCCCUCAGAGAGUUCCACACAACCUCACAGUAGCACUCUCUACAACAAUUCAGAGGAGAGUUUCUCUUGCCGGCAUUGUAUGUUUACAUCUUCCAGUUGGUCUGUUCUUAUCAAACAUGAAAGAACAAAUCACAAGGUUUCGGUAAACAGGACCCUGAAAACACAAAAACGGUAUUUAAGGGGCAAGCUGCUUAAUGCCAAAGUGCCACUGCCAGGGAAGAAGAACCAACACAAUGUGUCAAGUCUCCAACGCAAACACGGGGAAGUGGGGAGAUUGAAUUUCCCGAUAUCUAAGUCUACCUCAAAAACCAUAAACAUUCCUAGCUCUAGUCUAUUGCUGGAGAACCUGCAAACUCAAGUGGGAUCCUCAGAAAAUAUUUCCAAAUUCAAAAUUGCGCAUGGGUCAUCUUUAAAUUCCUCACAACUGAAGUUGCCCAACCUCUCAAGGCCAUCACGAGCGCAUGAUGUGACCCUCAUGUCACAUGCGCCUUUCCUUAGCUAUGACCAAGACGGUGGUAAAGGUGUCUCUAAAGUAACUGAAGAGAGAUCUCAUACAGAAAGUGAACAGAAGGGCUCUCACUGCUGCUCACUCUGCAACUUUUCUGCAACUUGGCUAGAAGAUCUUCACACUCACCAGCGAAGUGAGCACAGUUACCUUUUUUACAGCAUGGGGCUAAGUCUGCUGGACGGAACAGCGACAGAACAGCGGGAUCCCAAACCUGAAACGUAUAAAGAAAUGUCACUAACAGAGCCAUUGGCUAAUGCCACCAAGAAGAGGAUGCAUGAUGACACCGCUUUGAGUCCUGCUAAGAAAAAGAUCAAAACAAGCCCUGAAAGUACAGUCAUCCAAAGCAAGCUGUCAGGGGGCACUGCUUUCACCUUUGAGGUUAGCGAGGAUGAAGAGGGGGAUUCCUGGAGAACUGAACUAGAUGCCUCAGGAACUGAAAAAGAUGAGCAUGAUCAAUUGGAAAAUAGAGAAAGCAGGGACAAACAAAAAAUACUUUAUCGUUGCAAACAUUGUGACUACAGUCACAAGUCAUCUCGCAGUUUGAGCACCCAUUACCAGAGAAUGCACCCUUACAUCAGGAAUGACUUUCAGUACAUCAUUAAUCCAGAUGAUUGGACUGCCACCUUCCGUUGCUUGGAGUGUCCUGUUGAGUUUGCCACCCCUGAUGACCUCAAGAAGCACUAUAGGGAUCAUCACCCAGAAGCUCCAGAUGUGUUCAUGAUGCGAUCAGAUCAGCUUGAUUUGGUGUACAAGUGCUUUGCCUGCCCAUUCACCAUUUCUAAUGGCAAAUACUUGAAACCCCAUUACAAAAACAAACAUCCAAAACUGAAAAUGAGCAGUCCUUUAAUGUACUGCAGUUUUACUGCCAAGCCUUCUAAAGACGAACCCUCUAAAUCACAUUUAGGGCAAACCUCCAACCUAAAGAAUGCAGAGGUUGUCUCUCCUGAGAGGUCUCUGACCCCGUGUAAAGAAACUGUUAAUAUCAACUCUACACCCCCAAAAGAAUGUUCUGCUUCCAUGGGAGUGGAUGAGGAACUGUACCACUGCAAACAUUGUGCCUUCAGCAAUAAGUCAGUGGUUGUUGUGCUUGUCCACUACCAAAAAAGCCAUCCGAAGUCAGGAUUGACAAUUGAUGACAUAAAACAAGAAUCUCUUGCCACUUCCAGGGAAGCUAAGGACGAAACACAGGCGUUUCCUCAAAAUAUGGUUUUGGAACCAUUCAAACUCCCAGAAGUAAAGUCCCCCAACAUGUCCCUCUUUAAACCCGAUAUUGCACAGGACGAUGUAGAGAACAUGUUUUUCUGCCAGCAUUGCAACUAUGGCAACCUCACAGUGAGGGGGGUGUUGAAUCACCAAAGGUCAAGACACAGUGAUCUCAAUGCUUCUGUUGAACAGAUCCAUUUCCAUACUGCGGAGGUUCAUAGUCAAAGCAAAGUGUCACAGGGCAUAGGAAUAGUCUCACAUAGCACUCCCCUCCAAAAAGAUUUAGAACAGGAACAUGUUUUAAAGCCAUUCAAACUCCCAGAAGUUAAGUCUAACACAUCCCCUCCCAUAUCCAAUGCUUCGCAGGCAGAUGAUGAGAGUUUGUAUUUCUGCCAGUUUUGUGGCUAUUGCAACUCCACAGUGAGAGGCGUUAUGAAUCAUCAGAAGUUGAGACACAGUACUCGUAAGUCAACUGCUAAACGGAUCAUGAAACAUACUGCUGUGAUUCGUAGCAACCCCAAAUUGAGAGGGGGUUUGAAUCAUCAGAAGUUAAGACACAGUCAUCUCAAGGUGACUGCCGAUAAGGUCAUCAAGCACACUGCUGAGGCUCAUGGUCAAAGUGAAAAGCUUCAGUCUACUGGAUUUGACUCAUCAAACUCCUCUCUCAAAUCCACUGUUGAGAACGAGAUAGCUGACUUGUUUUUUUGCCAGUACUGCAACUAUGGCAACCCCAGAGUUAUAGGGGUUUUGAAUCAUCAGAAAUUAAGACAUCGUUGUCUUCAGACAUCAACUAGUCAGAUCCUUCAAUAUACAUCUGAGCUUCGUAGUCAGAAAGAUACAUCUCAGUCUGCUGGAUUUGACUCCUCUCUCCUCACAUCUGAUAUUGGAAAUGAGGCAAGAAACUUGUUUUUCUGCCAGUUUUGCAACUAUGGGCAUCCCUCAAUGAGAGGAAUUUUAAAUCAUCAAAAGAGAAGACACAGUGAACUCCAAACAACACCUGGCGACAUCUUCAGGCAUACUGCUGAGGUUGGAGGGCAAACCGAAAAAUCCAAAAAGUCUAAGAGAGUCAACUUGACAAAGUCUUCUCACAUCUUACCUCUUCCUCUUGUGACAGAAGAGGCUGUGUUAUUCUGUCAGCUUUGCAACUAUAGCAAUCGCACCAUGAGGGUGGUUGUGGAACAUCAAAGGAAAAGACACCCAGAUCUUAAAGCAACUGCUAAACAAAUCCUUGAAUAUACUGCUAUGAUUUUGUCCCAAACUAGCAAAUCGCCUAACUCAUCUUUCUUAACAUCUGAUGUUGUCCAAGAAGUGUUAGAUAAGUUCUUCUGCCAAUAUUGUGACUAUAACAAUCCCACAGUGAGGGGGAUUUUUAAUCAUCAAAGUAAAAUGCAUUGUGAUCUUGAAACAAACGCUGCGCAGAUCUUAAGGCAUACUGUUGUCGUCCGAGAGCAAACCGAAAAAUCUCAGCCAAAAGCAGUGAACUCACCUAACUCUCCUCACCUCUUGUCUCAUCCUCUUUUGAAGGAUGAGGUUGAACACAUGUUUUUCUGUCAGCUUUGCAACUAUAGCAAUCCAACGGUGAUAGGGGUUUUGAAUCAUAAAAGGAAAAGACACCUUGAUAUGAAGCCAACUGCUAAGCAAAUCCUUGAAUAUACUGCUACUGUUUUGGGCCAAAUGAACAAAUCCCACCCAGUACAAAGAAACUUGCUUAACUCAUCCCAAGAAGAAGAGAGAAAGUUGUUUUACUGCCAGCAUUGUGACUAUGACAGUCCGACAGUUAGGGGGGUUUUGAAUCAUCAGAAAUUAAGACAUAGUGAUCUGAAGGCAACUGCGGAUCAGGUUGUCAGGUAUACUGCUACUGUUCCCGGCCCAAAUAAAAAAUCAACAAUGCAACAGCCUAACAUGUCCUCAAUGAAAGUCUCACAAUCUCGCAAGCAGAAAGCUGCACUGCUCAGGUCCUUGAAGUGCCGCAAAUGCUCUUAUACAACUCCCCAUAUAUAUCUUUUGAAAAGACAUCUGAGGAAUAACCACCAAGAGAAAGCCCCGAUCACUACGAUUAUACAUUGGGCUUACCAAGAUGGCCAUUUACAGGAAGGUUAUCACUGUGAGUGGUGUGCUUGUUCUCAUACUGAAGCGAAGGGACUCCUCCGGCACUACCGGCAACAUCAUCCAGAUAAAAAAACUGGACUUGAAUCCAUCAUCCUGAGGUUACAUGCCGGCCCUAAGACCUCUCGAUCUAAAAAAACGAAGCCUAAUCCAGAACACAAUGAAAAACAUGAUCCGAUUAUCCUCAGGUUUGGGGAUGUUCCAAAGACCACUCCAUCUUUUCAGACCGGAGGAGGUGACACAAAAGUCUAUCCAUGCCGAGCGUGCCCCUUUAAGGCUACUUCCAUGGGGGGUAUAAGCAGCCACUACCGUGCAGUUCAUCCAUGGUCUGUCAAGGAAGAUGGGUCUGUGUUAGAUGUCAUUAGUAGUAGGCAGACCCAAGAACCGGAGGUCCAUGAACAGCUUGAUGUUCAUGAAACCUUGAGUUCAAGCGAGACAUAUCGGUGCCCUGUCUGUUCCGGAGAGUUCAACACCCUCCAUGGUAUGUCUACUCAUUGUGGAAAGAAACAUCCGGAAUAUGAUAUGAAAGUCCAUGAACAGCUUGAUGUUCAUGAAACUUCAAAGCCAAACCAGCGAUAUAGGUGCCCCGUCUGUUCCGGAGAGUUCAACAACCUCCAUGGUAUGUUAACUCAUUGUGGUAAGAAACAUCCGGAAUAUGAUACAUCAACUUAUGAAAGGGAACCUGAAGCGGAACCUAGUACAAGUGAGGGGACUCUGGUAUUCAAGUGCUCAAUCUGUCCGUAUGUGAACUCUCAUGCUCAUGGUGUUCUAACUCACUGCCAGAUGAGGCAUCCAGCCGUCAAAGCCAGAACUGAGAGACUUGAACAAGAAAUUGUACACUUCACUGACCCAAAUGAAUGCCUGAAAGUCCGAUCGGGUAAGCGGAUGGGAUUGGCUGGCUUCAGGUGCAAUAUGUGUCCAGUCAUCCAUGCAAAAUUCAAGAAGUUGAAGGCUCACUAUGAGAUGGAUCACAAACGAUCUGCCGCAAAUAUAUUCAAACCGGCUUUGAAACAAUCCGCUGCCAUUAAAAAACAAUUGCUCUCCAAAUACAGAGGCUCCCAGACCUCAAUUGCCCAGGCUGCCAUUUUAAAAAAUGGAAAAUCCAUCAUAGUCAAGUGCCACCUUUGCAAGUACCUUUGCACCACUAAAAAGGGCCUUGCCUGUCAUCUUCGCAUUAACCACAGUACAGUGGCUCCAAUUGAGGACAAAGAGUUUUCCUAUAAGUGUGCACUGUGCUCGUAUACAACUUCGAUUUGUAAAUACCUUGCAGCCCACUAUAGGAGGCAACAUGGCAAUGCUGCUUUCACCAACCACUUUGUUCCAGCAUUCAGACCUCACUGCAUUCUUCCAAACUCACUGGACCAUAAGGCUUCUUUAAGUCAGGAAACCAAAUCACCUGGUGAGAAGAUAAGCUGUUCUCGCUGUUUUUUCCAAUGUCUUAGUGAAAAGGGCCUGGUCUCCCAUUAUGCGAUUUGCCACCCAGGAGUCUCUCCCAGCAAGCACAAAUCUAGCAAACUUAGCCCGAAUAACACACUGCACUCUCCCCCCAAGCCUAGAAAUCAUCCCCAGCAACAGAAACCUGUAUGCAAAUUAUUUGAUCCACAAUGUGAGAAAGGCAAAACAUUGCGUCCAGUUAAAUGCAAGAAAUGCGUGAAGUUAUCUUUCAACUCAAAUCUGCUGCUAAGUAUCCACUACACCAAUUUCCACAACGAAGAUUUCACACAAGACUUCACUAUACUUUCAAAGACUUCAGAGGAUGGCACAGAAUUCUACAGAUGUGGAUACUGUAACCUCCAAAUCCAGGGCAGUGCGGACCUCUGCUCCCAUCUCGACCAUCAUAAUGAGGAGUUUCAGAAGCUGGCAAAUGGACAGAAGAGGAAACAACACCUCAGUGCCCCACCGCCAAAGACCAAGCCUGUUAAGCAGGAAAGACAAGAACUGCACGAGGUUCUGACAGCAGAGGAAUCGGACAGUCAUUGGAUUGUGACACAGGUGGAAUCUGUUACAACAGGGAUGGGUCCACUGGUGUCCCCUUCCCCUGUCCCAUCGACAACAAAACCAGAGGGGUGGUCAGUAGGAGAGGAGUGCAACCACUGCGGGCGAACUUUCAUGUCUUUGAAAGGUUUACGCUCACAUGAGCGGAGCCAUGCAGCUACAGCAGCGCUCAAACGGCUGGACAAUGUACCUCAUCAACAGAAGCAGAUGUUUGACCGCCAUAUUAGACAUCGACCCGGGACCAUCAAACCCUUCCACUGUGGGCUCUGUCGUUACAGAACUAACAUCUUGAGCCUCUUGAAGAAUCAUCUGCUCAAAGUACAUGGCGCUCAGGACCCAUCCAAGAACCUCCCUUCCUCCGUGACCUGUAGCGAGAACAAGGAACACACCCUGAGGGCUGCUGAAGAGACCCAGAACCUGCCAGAACCUCAAGAAGGCAACCAAAUGUCUGAUGAUUCUGAGGAAUCAGACCCCACUGAAAAACCAGUAUACUCGGAGCCCCCAGAUGUGCAGAGGCAGCUCAACCACUACAGGCAGGUGGCUCAGGCCAAGGCCUCUAGCAACGCUCCAAGCCCACAGACCACCAGGACCACUCAAGAUGGCUUAUUCGUCUGUGAGUUUUGUAUCUACACCUCAACACACAUCAAGAGUAUGCGUCGACACUACAUAAAUCGCCACAAUGGGAAAAGGCUCGUGAGGUGCAAGGACUGCUCAUUUUUCACAGGCUUCAGGAAGAAGUUGGAUAUGCACAUAGAGACGGCACAUGCCAGUAGCCCAACAGAAGCUCCGAAGGAGCUACACUGCCCUCUCUGUCUUUACCACACCAAAAACAAAAACCGCAUGAUCGACCACAUCGUCCUCCAUCGUGAGCAGCCAGUGGCCCCUAUAGAGGUGCGUCGUCCGAAGCUGUCGCGAUAUCUCGAGGGCAUCGUGUUCCGCUGCCACAAGUGUACCUUCACCAGUUCCAGUGACAAGAAACUGCUACUGCACAUGCUCAAGCACGACGAUAUCAAGCCCUACAAAUGCAGACUGUGCUACUUCGACUGCACACAGCUGAGCGAGUUGGAGGCACACCUGUGCGAUAAACACCAGGUUGUGAGGAACCAUGAGCUGGUGGGACAGGUCCAUCUGGAGGAACUGGAAACAAGACUGAGCAGAGUCAAUGAGGAGGGAGAACAAUUCAUGGACUGUGAGGAGACCCAAGGGCAACAAGAUGAGGUGAACAAAGAUGCCGAUAAUGAGGUGGCAGAGAACACAGCCCAAAACAGUGAAUUCCAGGAUUUUAGUAAUGACGAGAACCAAGAGGGACAAUAUAAGCAAUCCUAUGAGAAGCUAGAGAAUGAGGACAAGGAGAAGGUCGAGGAACAUUUAAUGGACUGUGAGGAGGAGAACCAAGAACCUGGAGAGAUGGACAUAGAAGAACAAAACAACCAAUAUCAUGAGAUGCCAGUGCUUAAAGAUGAAGCCUGCAGCUAUCACGAGAUGCCAGUGCUUGAAAAUGAAGAGGGCAAAGAGGAAACGCACAGUAAUCAUGGUGAGACACAGGAAAAUGAGGAGGCAGUGAAGACUGACCGUCUAAAACCUGAGUGCGAUAAUAAACCGGAGCAAGGGUCUGAACAGGAUGAAAAAUAUGAAGAAAACCCCAAGAGUGGCGAGAAGCAAGAUCACGAGGUGGAGGAAAACAAGGAAAAUGGCAACACAUCUUCACCAAAAGAUGCCUCCACUACCUUGAAGAUAAUUCCAGUGACCAGAAAUGAGAAAGCACUUUCCUGCGAGCUCUGUGGCCGAACUCUCAUGAACAGCACUGACCUGGAACGGCAUGUGAUGCGCCAUGGCUUGUAACUCUGUGUCGGUGCAACUGAUGAGGAUGUAUUGACAUUGAGGGUGUUGCUGCUUAGAAAUGGGAGACAUGUCAUAACAGGGCUGCUUUUAACAGCAAGCUGAUUAUGUGAAGUUCAAUUGAAUGUAAUGUUUUAUUGUCACUUGUUGCAUACUGCUUCCACCUGUAACUAACUUUUCUUGACUGGAGACACUGCAGCUAUUGUUGUAAAGGACAGUCUUUCAUUAUUGUAUAUUAUGUCAUGCCAGAAUGACCGUUCACAUUUCCAACAUAUUGGCUGUUUUGAUGCUUUGUAAAUAUGUUGAUCUUGUUGUCUUUUAACAUUUCUGUAAUAAAUGACUUUAUCCUAAAGCUA